GAGUUCACUCCGCCACGGAGGGGUAGGGUCGAGGGAGUGGUUUGGGAUUGGGCCAUCAUGUAUCGCUACGUCAUUGUUUCAGCCCUCCCGGUGUCUCUCUGAGUUUCGUCACUUUUCCAGAAGUUUCCGUCCUCACGUAUAUAUGCGGUAUCGACCUUAUUUCAACCAGCGCCGCCACACUGCUUUAUCCUCUCCGCUGACAACAUGAACUUCAAAAUGACUAACACCACAUUUGAGCUUGCAAUCGUAUUUUCAGCUCUUGCAGUGAUGUUUGCAGCUGCAGCAGAUGCUCCACCAGAACUAACCUGCAACGUCACCAAAACACCAGAUGGGUUCCUUCACCUACUGUCCCGCUCCUCCGAUUGUAAUACCAGCUGGGUGGACAAAAAUGGAGUAGUCCUCGCCCGGAACCAGGGCUACGAUCAAAAUAAAGUCCAGAGCCUGACGGACCAGUCUCUCACCUCGAAACUAUGCCACAACAACAUUGACUACACAAGCACCUGUGGUUCAAAUUCGGAUUCCUCAAAGGACAACAGACUGACCGACGAGAGAGCCCACUGCACAUACACCUGCAGCAGCCCUAUCUGGGAUCCUAAGGCCUCUCAACCAACCCCAGUGAACCCUAUAGCGAAUCCUGUGAAUCAGAAUCGGUCCCGGCAAAUUCCGCUUGUUGUUGUUUCCGUUGCUGUUUUCAUUGUUGCCAUGGCUGUGAUCUUGUACAUCAAAUGCAGAAAGAAAAAAAUUCCUCCAUCCGUGGUGAAUUAUAUUGAGGAACAGAAGGUCAUGGUGGAGAUUCCGGACGUCAAACUAAAACAUAAAAAGAGACCUCUAGUCUAAAUUUGACCAAUAUUUGACCACUGUUUUUCAUACUGUAUGUAAUGAGGUUAGUGCCUUACAGACAAUAGAGGGCUACAUAUACACAAAAUGUUAACCGGAAAUGUUUAUAUAUAUGGGAUUUGUUACAUUAUAAUGUUUUUUUAAGUAACAGAGAGAGGAAGGAUGAAUUAGUUACAGGCAUUGCAUAUGAACGUUUUUCCGAAGUCCAGGAGCCCAAAAAGAGACGAUCUAGCUGUGUAAAAGGUUCAUGGAAAAAUAACAAGAUUUAAGUUAUUUUUUGAAAGAAGAAAAAUGUUUUCUUUAAAAAAUUGUGCUUUUGGAGUCAGAUUUGCUUCAAAAUCCAAUUUUGAAUGAGCUACAGUGUUUAAGAUGGUCUGUGGAUACAACACAUUUAGAAUGUAAUGGUAAACAGGCCAGUCGAAAAAUCCAUUUGUAGCCAUUAAAUGGGAAAACUGUGAGGGAAGUUUUAUUAACUUUGGACAGAGCCAGACUAGCUGUUUCUUUAUGCUACGCUAAGGAUACCUGGCAGCUCCUUGUUAAGGUUUGAUUGAUGAUGAGCUUUCACUUCCUCAUCAGCACCUUCUCUAGGGCUUACCCUCACAGACCACAUCUUAGGUUAAACUGGCAAUAUUAGCCGUGAACACACUGUGAUUUAAAGUUUAACCCUUGUUUAUGACAUUCACACUUAUCUCGGUAGUUUUGAUCAUUUGUAUCCGACUACUGUUAAGCUUGUGUGAUACAUUUUUUUCAUGCCUAUGGGACAAUGUGGAUGUCAAACGCUUUAAAAUACACUGUCAGUCUUUGCUUCCAGUGAUUAAUCUGGAAGAAGGAGGCUGCAGUUCUGGAACUACCAGAUAUCUCCCAAAACUUUCCAGAAAAGCCAGCUUCUGAAUAUAUUAGAGGCUGGAAAAAUAGGCUGCUAUGUUGCAGAAUCACGUUUUCCAGACUUCAAUCUUGCUGCGUUAAUAACUAAGGUUUGCGAGAUUGAAUCGUUGAUUAUGUAAAGGAGCUGGUCUGGUUUGAGCUUUGCAUCAUUGAAUAUUUUCUAUAUGCUGUUUUAUAGCUCUCAUUAACAGAUUUAGUGCCCUGACACACCAAGCUGACGUCAAAGAACUGAUGCCACCAAAAAGUGCAGGUUGUUUUGGCAGAGACUUCUGUCUACAGUGAAGCACUUGAACAAAAGAAAAAAGGCUAAAUCUCUUCUUCCAAUACACAAUAUAGUCAUCAUCCUUUACAUAUUUUUCUGUUACGGUUGUCAGACAACUGAACAAUUCCAACAAUUGUGAUUUAAUCAUCAUUUAUUGAAGCUUGACAAAAGUCAACAUACAUUCAGAUUGAUGAUAAUAGGUUAAAUUGAUACAUUUAAUUCACAAUGUUGUGUUUUUUUAUGUAGUGUGUAAAGCCUUUUGCUGAAUAAUCAGGAAGCCACUAAGCCUUUGCAUUAUCCUCCAUUUAUAAGUAAACCACUGUGCUUGGCCAUCCUUUUCACGGGGGAAUCAAGCAGGAAAACCUUUGUGUGACCUUUUGUUAGCUUCCCAACACAACGUCAAUUCCAUUAGUUAGAAUCCCCCACUUAAAUAUCAACUUUAAGUAUUCUCCAGAUCCAUUUUCUGGGGUAAAGAAAUGCAUUCUUUAUCCUGGAUGUAGAUAAGUUUAAAUACUAUACAACCACAAACCCUGUACAUAACCGUGGUGGUCAGCCAUAAAGGCCCAACAGUAGCCGAUAACAGUCCCCUUUAACCAAUGGUUGGCUUGGUGUGUCAGGGCUUUCAGCUCCAUCUACUGCAACAGUCAAAACAGGCUUCAAACCCAACAUCUGAUCCAUGGUGACGAAUAAGGGAUUUGGAACAAAAUAAGGGAGAGAUUUUUCAAUCAGGUUAUCUGACAGUACCAUAAUGUGGACUGUCAGAGCUAUUACUGAUUGAUAGUGUUACUGAUCUUCCUUCUGUGUAAAGAACAUAUAUAUAUAUAUAUAUAUAUAUAUAUAUAUAUAUAUAUAUAUUAUCUGAAAGUUCCUGUUCAGAAGAGUUCAAUGUUUGAUACAAAGACUCAAAUGAACAUACAAGCGUGCAGAUGUCAGUUGUAUGCCCUCAGGGCUCCUGGACUUGGGUUUAACUGGUAAUCGGCAUCACGUUUUUUUAACAUCUUUGCUGUUAGAUCCUAAAGGGUUGAAUCUGUUACUUUUAUAUCCUCUUUUAUUUGGAGUUUCUGCUACUUAAAGCUGUAUUAACUGUUUUUGAGGUGAAGAAAAAGCACGUUAAAAAACAAACUGUGACAACUUUGUUAUCUGACAACAGAUAAAAAGUAAAAUACGUAAAGAUAUGAAGUUUGCCAUCAUAUCUAAUCACACAGCAAAUGUUUGGAAUAUUUUGCUUAAUAUACGAAAAUGAAUAAUUGAUCAUUUAUCAAAACUGUUGCUGAGUAAAACCAAAAGGAGUUAAAGAGCUCUGUAAAGCUGCACGGUUAUGGAUUCAUCACAAGGAGUGACCCCCUUUCAAUUACAGUCUCUUUUGAUCUAAUCACAUUACAAAAAUAAUGAAUGCAGCUUUAAAGACAGAGAACUAUUGAUAAAGUUAAAUGAUGUAAACUGUUAAUGGUUAGUUACCAUUUUAAAAUGACAACUCCCCAAUACUCAAGUUAAAUGAUUAUGGAUUUUGUGUGUUUUACAUAAAGGUUUUGGGGUACAAAAUAAUGUUUUGUUGUCAGCAUUAUUAACCAUGAAAUGAUGUUGCCUACAGUUUAUUUAUAAACUAUUAUUUAUUUUAUUUUAUUUAUUUUUGGCCUAAUGCAAAUGUUGUAUGCUAAUAAAAGUGAUUUUUAACUU